GCCACAGUAAAUCUGCUGCUCGUCCAUCAUUUCAGCGGUGCUCACCUUUUCCGGUGGAUGAGGGAGAGUUUUACAGGUCGGACAGACAUCAUGUAGUUAAGCUUUGUGUUUUCACGCGCUCUUUACAGAUCUGCUUUUAAAAUCUACUCUGGAAUAAACGUGAAGUUCCGCGAUUAGGAUGAUUUCCCGCUACAGACCGAGCCCAGACUGCACCAUGUCCCUGUCUUUCUGUGGCAGUGAGAACAACUCCAUCGCCUACAAUGUGGAUCGUGGCGUGCUCAACAAUGGAUGCUUUCUCGAUGCCCUCACUGUGGUGCCCCAUGUCUUCCUGCUCUUCAUCACCUUCCCCAUCCUCUUUAUUGGUUGGGGCAGCCAGAGCUCCAAGGUUCACAUCCAUCACAGUACAUGGCUUCAUUUCCCUGGACACAACCUGCGCUGGAUCCUCACCUUCAUCCUUCUGUUUGUGCUGGUGUGUGAGAUCGCAGAGGGCAUUGUCUCUGAUGGGUUUACACAGUCUCUUCAUCUACAUCUCUACAUGCCUGCAUCCUUGGCUUUCAUGGCUGCUAUCACUUCUAUAAUCUACUACCACAACAUAGAGACCUCCAAUUUUCCCAAGUUGUUGCUAGCGUUGCUUAUUUAUUGGACCUUGGCAUUCAUCACUAAAACUAUCAAGUUUGCAAAGUACACAGAGCACGGCAUUGGUAUGAGACAGUUGCGCUAUUGCUUGACCGGCCUCCUCGUCCUGCUCUACGGCCUGCUACUGGCUGUGGAGUUCAAUGUCAUACUGGGGCGGCGCUAUAUGUGUUUUGCCCAUCCCACUGAGGUAAAGCCUCCUGAAGACCUUCAGGACCUGGGUGUGCGUUUUCUGCAGCCAUUCGUCAAUCUGCUCUCUAAGGGUACAUACUGGUGGAUGAACACUUUUAUCACCUCUGCUCACAGACGUCCCAUUGACCUGAAGGUCAUCGGCAAACUGCCCAUUGCCAUGAGGGCACUCACUAAUUAUUUGAAACUGCGCAAGGCCUUUGAAGCUCAGAAGAGGCCUGAUGGCCUUCAGCGGCAGGGACCUCAAUGGAUCUGGAGGGCUCUACGUGAGGCCUUUGGGAAACCCUUGAUCCUGAGCAUUACCUUCCGUUUCCUGGCUGACCUUCUGGGUUUUGCUGGGCCAUUGUGCAUCUCGGGUAUUGUGCACCACAUCAGCAAGAAGAACCACACCAUCCAGGCACCGGCACAAUUAUUGGGGGUCUAUUUCAUCUCCUCGCAGGAGUUUCUUGCUAAUGCCUAUGUACUGGCUGUGUUACUGUUCUUCGCAUUGCUUCUUCAGAGGACAUUUCUACAAGCCUCCUAUUAUGCAGCGAUACAAACUGGCAUCAACCUGAGAGGAGCCAUGCAGACGAAGAUUUACAAUAAGAUCAUGCGUCUGUGCACCUCCAACAUGUCUAUGGGGGAGAUGACAGUGGGCCAAAUCUGUAACCUAGUUGCAAUAGACACCAACCAGUUGAUGUGGUUCUUCUUCCUGUGUCCCAACCUGUGGGCCAUGCCAGUACAGAUUGUAGUGGGGGUGAUUCUGCUCUACUACCUUCUGGGAAUAAGUGCCUUGAUCGGGGCAACCAUCAUUGCCCUCCUGGCUCCUGUGCAGUACUUUGUGGCUACCAAAUUGUCCCAAACACAAAAAACUACCCUGGAGUACUCCAGUGAGCGGCUGAAAAAAACCAACGAGCUGUUACGUGGUAUCAAGCUGCUGAAGCUCUACUCGUGGGAGCACAUCUUCUGUUCCAGUGUGGAGGAGACCAGGGGAAAAGAGCUGACCAGCCUGCAGGCCUUUGCUGUCUACACCUCCAUCUCUAUAUUCAUGAAUGCAGCUAUACCAAUUGCAGCAGUUCUUACUACAUUUGUGGUCCAUGUGCACCUGUCUGAUGAUGCAGAUUUAUCCCCAGCUGUAGCAUUCGCCUCGCUCUCCCUUUUCCACAUCCUGGUCACACCUCUCUUCCUCCUGUCCAGUGUGGUUCGCUCCACGGUCAAAGCCCUUGUCAGUGUGCAGAAGCUAAGUGAGUUCUUCUCCAGUGAUGAGAUCGGAGAAGAGCAAGAGCCUAAGGCCACCAUUCCAGCGGUCUCCACCAACCACAGCAAUUACCAAGCCCUUCCACUGAAAGUUGUGAACCGUAAGCAUCCAGUGAGGGAUGAGUGGAACAGCUUUGGGCUAAAGAGUGAGCAGUACAUUGAAGCAGCAGCAGUGGAGGAUGAAGAUAUCUGCAUCAAAAUAAACAAUGGAUAUUUCAGCUGGACUGAUGGAGCACCCACACUCUCCAGUGUGAACAUAAAGAUUCCAUUCGGUCAGCUGACUAUGAUAGUGGGUCAGGUGGGCUGUGGAAAAUCUUCUCUGUUACUGGCUGCACUGGGAGAGAUGCAAAGGAUCUCUGGCACUGUGACGUGGAACAGGAAAUGGUCUUCAGAUGGUUGCAGGGGACAAUCUGUGAAUCUGGGAUGUAGCAGGAAACCUUCCAUUAUUCCAAAGCUGGAUUCAGAGGGAGAUGAAAGUCCAGAUGUGCCCGGUGAUGAAGAAUUCCGGAAAAGAUGUGCUGUUGCAUAUGCUUCCCAGAAGCCCUGGCUUCUUAAUGCCUCUGUGGUAGAGAACAUCACUUUUGAAAUGCCUCUGAUCAAACAAAGGUAUAAGACAGUGAUCGAGGCAUGCUCCCUUCAGCCAGAUAUCGACAUCCUACCACAGGGUGACCAGACGGAGAUUGGUGAAAGGGGAAUCAUUCUCUCAGGAGGCCAGAGGCAGCGUAUCAGUGUGGCCCGUGCCCUUUAUCAGACCACCAAUGUAGUCUUCCUGGACGACCCAUUCUCAGCGCUGGACAUCCAUCUGAGUGAUCACCUGAUGCAGGAGGGUAUUCUGAAACUGCUCCGAGAGGAGAAGAGGACCGUGGUGCUGGUCACACACAAACUGCAGUACCUGCCUCAUGCAGACUGGAUCAUUGCGAUGAAGGAUGGUACGAUCCAGACAGAGGGCACGCUGAAAGACAUCCAUAAAUCUGAGCCGGAACUGUUUGAGCAAUGGAAAGCCCUCAUGAAUCGCCAGGACCAGGAAUUUGAGAAGGAGACCGUAGCAGAGGGUAUGACAGUAUUGGAAAGGAAGAACCUGAGAAGGGCCAUGUACUCCAGAGAAGCAGUGAAGACAGAGGAAGAAGAGGAAGAGGAGACGGUGGAGAGUGAUGAUGAGGAUAACCUGUCACAGGCAAUGAGGCACAGAACCACCAUCCCUUGGCGUUCAUGUGGGAAGUACCUGAGCUCAGCUGGUCUGCUGCUGCUGCCCUUAUUGCUGCUGUCCCAGCUCCUCAAACACACGUUCAUGGUGUCCAUCGAUGUCUGGCUUGCUCACUGGACCUCCGACGUCAUCCAUGCUAAGAUCAACGCUGUUCGACACAACUGCACAUUGGUGCAGGAUUGUGGGUUCAGUCACUCGUCGUAUCUGCUGAUGUUCAGUGUGCUGUGCUGCCUGGGCAUUGCGCUGUGUUUGGUCACGUCUGUGGCUGUGGAGUGGACAGGGCUGAGUGUGGCCAAAGAGCUACACCAUAACCUGCUUAAUAACAUCAUACUCGCCCCCAUGAGACUCUUUGAGACAACUCCUUUGGGAAGCCUUCUGAACCGAUUCUCUGCUGACACAAACACAAUAGACCAGCAUAUUCCUACUACCUUGGAGUGUUUGAUUCGCUCCACAUUGCUGUGUGUGUCUGCGCUCGGUGUUAUCUCAUAUGUCACACCUGUUUUCCUCAUCGCUCUCACUCCACUUGCCAUUGCCUGCUACUUCAUCCAGAAAUACUUCAGAGUGGCGUUCAAAGAUCUGCAUCAGCUUGAGGACAGUACCCAGCUUCCUUUACUCUCUCACUUCUCUGAGACAGUAGAGGGUCUCACCACCAUCCGGGCCUUCAGGUAUGAAGCCAGAUUUCAGCAGAGACUUCUGGAGCUCACGGAUGCUAAUAAUGUCGCAUCUCUCUUCCUCACUGCUGCCAACCGUUGGCUGGAGGUCCGCAUGGAGUAUAUUGGAGCCUGCAUUGUCCUUGUAGCUGCAGUGGCCUCCAUCACCAACAAUCUUUACAACCAUCUGUCCACUGGCCUGGUGGGGCUGGGACUGACCUAUGCUCUGAUGGUAUCGAACUACCUUAACUGGAUGGUGCGUAACUUGGCUGAUAUAGAGGUCCAAUUAGGAGCGGUGAAAAGAAUAAACAACCUGCUGAAGACCGAGCCAGAGAACUAUGAGGGGCUACUCUCUUCAUCUCAGGUCCCUGAGGGCUGGCCACAGCACGGUGAGAUUCACAUCCAGAACUUGAGUGUAAGGUACGACAGCACACUGAAGCCGGUCCUAAAGCAUGCCAAUGCCAACAUCAGACCAGGACAAAAGGUCGGCAUCUGUGGCAGGACAGGAAGUGGAAAGUCGUCUUUCUCCUUAGCUUUCUUCCGUAUGGUGGAUGCCUUUGAGGGACGGAUAAUCAUAGAUGAUAUUGACAUAGCAAAGCUGCCUCUUCAGACACUGCGGAGCCGUUUAUCUAUCAUCCUUCAAGAUCCCAUUCUCUUUAGUGGAACAAUACGUUUUAAUCUAGACCCAGAGAUGAAGGCUACAGACAGCAUGCUUUGGGAAGCUCUGGAAAUUGCCCAACUCAAACCACUAGUGCAAACCCUGCAUGGAGGACUUGAUGCCAUGGUGACGGAAGGUGGGGAGAAUUUCAGUCAGGGACAACGUCAGCUGUUCUGCCUGGCCCGAGCUUUUGUGCGCAAAAGCAGUAUUCUGAUUAUGGAUGAGGCCACUGCCUCCAUAGACAUGGCCACAGAGAGUAUUCUACAGAAAGUUGUAAUGACGGCCUUCGCUGACAGAACGGUGGUCAUUAUAGCGCAUCGAGUGCACACCAUCCUGAACGCAGAUCUGGUGAUGGUGAUGAAAAGGGGGGAGAUUCUGGAGUUUGAUAAACCCAAGGUCCUUCUCAGUACAGAGGGAAGCGCUUUCGCCUCUUUUGUUCGGGCAGACAAAUGACUAUUGAUGACCUUUUCUUUAAAGUACAAUUGUUCUAUGUAUUAUUGUUUUAUUUUUUACCAUGUAACAUAUUUGUAAAUAUGAUAUAUAAUACAAUAAAGGACGACUACUUGUAUGUGUAAUAUAUACACACA